AUGCUUCAAACACAUGUAGCUCAAACCCUUGCAGGGGCACAAGCGAGCUCACGACGAAAUAGCUCGCAAUCAGACGGCGGUCCUAUUGCCUCAACUUCGAUGUCUCCGCCUCCCGUUGCGGCGUCCAGUGCCUUGACCAAGGCCUCGACCGGGAAGAGAAAGAAACGGCCUCUACAAACUUCGCGAGCUGAAGAGGAGCCCACGACGCCGCCAGAACCCGAGUUUACGCUGCCUGAUCCUACAGCACCGCCGCCUGUCCACUUUCUACGUAAUCAAGACAACCUUCUUGGUAAAGCAGGUCGCGUGGGCGGAGUAAAGCCUUCGACAUUAACCCACACACGCGGUUCUACCCCUUCCAACCCCAUCCUUGUUGAUGAUGACGAUACCCCCAUGAUCGGCCGUCGUAACCAUUUAUCUCAGUUACGAGAACCUUCGAACUGCCAACCCUACAUCGAUCCUUCUCUCCUUACCGCACCAACUAACCAAGAGAUCGUUCAAGUCCUGAUUGGCCAGAAGGAUAUAUUUCCGGUGCUCGAAAGUAUCUUGAAGCUCAUCAUGGGGGCUACGCCAAAACCUCAAUCCGACUCACCACCACCACCCACUGGAUUCGAACGUCGUCCGGCACAGGCGCCAUCGCAGACAAAUGCUUCAUCGGACUUAGGUCAAUCUGUCAAGAAACGGCGCCUUAAUCGAGUGCCCGCAGGAGCUGCUGAUUGGGAUGUCCCCUAUCCGUUCGAAAAAGGCGAAGGGCCAACAGCGUAUGAAAAGACAUGGGAACGCGAACGAGGGAAGCAACUAAUUGCUGAACUUAUCAAAUUGAUCAAGACUGCAGCACGGAAGGCGGCCACAAAGAAAUAUCUCGCAGAGCAGGAAAUAGGGCGGAGAGAGACGCUCGAGAGGCUUGGUGCCAAUGGGAGGCCGCCGGAUACGACCAGACCCACGAUCUACUACCGGCCAGAGACCUUCACCUAUGGCUCGGAUGGCAAGGUUACACCCACCAUGGGCACGACAAGGCAGGAUGGUCAUGAUGUAUUGAGAGAUGCAAGCAACGCCACCUACAUUGGAACGGGAGCUAGCUCAAGUGCUGACCCCACUCAGAGCCGUGUCUCGUCCCAAAAUGCUACCAGUGCCCAUUCUGCCGUAAAUUCUGCGACGUCUUCAGGGUUGCCGUCUACUUCGACAAUUUCCCUUACAUCACCCGAAUUUGACGCUUCGACGUCGUCUUUUAACCUUUUCACCACCCUACAUGACCCACAAGCUGAGACUUCGGUGUCACGGCUCAUCGACCUUACAGACAAUCAACCACUUCAGCAGGUUGAAACUGCUCAUUCUCUUCCUGCAGACAGCUCUGCACCUGAACCCUUCGACCAGAAUGCGUUUGAUACUUGGAUGAACUUCUUGGAGGCUUUCCCAAUGCCAUUUGACCCCACCGCCGGUCAGGAUUUUUCAAACAUGACGAUGACCCCUACGACUACCACAGAGGUAACACCAACAAUAUCCCAUUGUUCGACGCCUAUGCUUGAUGAUUUUCCUACUCACUCGACGUCUGAUGACCUGGCCGCCUUUUUCUCAAUGCUUAACCAAUCAACCUCUCAAUGCCUUCCCGAUUUCAAUGCCAAUGUCGACAGCUCUUUGCCCUCGCUGUCUACGAACGACUUCGAUUCUAUGACGCAGCCUUUGCCGUCGAUUAUCACGGAUCACUUGAUCGAUCCUGACCUCUUGGCAAUCUUCAAUAACAACACCAAUUCCACGACCAAUAUUGACUUCGGGUCGAUGAUGAACUUGUGUUUGGACAGACUUCAGGCGCCAUCGCCGAUCGCGUCAACGAGUUCAAUCGCUGGCAGCAGCUUGGACCCUGCUACGCCUGCUUCAGCAGCAUGGGAUAUGUCUUUUCCUGAUGUUCUCGUCGGUGAUGGCGAUAUGAACACCAGUGGACAAGGGGGUGGAGGAACGUCGAUGGACCUCAACAACGAUCAGCAUAGCUUCGGAGUUCUUCCAGAGCUACCGGAGCCAGAGAAGGAUAUGCGAGUGCCUAGUUUACCAGCAACGUCGUUGGAUAAGGGCAAAGGCAAGGAAGCGGAGCCGAUUUCAGCGUCGGCUCCCCUCGCACCAUCCACGGUGUCUUCAGCAGCGCAGAAAGCUUUCCGUAACCUGUUAGGGCUUCAGACGAGUGAUGAACUUUUUUCCGCCCCUCCUCUUGGACCCUUUUUUCCUCCGUCGUCAGUGGCGGCGUCGUCAAGACUCAUACUUGAACGCGGAAGUGGAAGUAUGCCAAUCAAAACAGAACCUACUCUUCGAAAGGUCCGGAAAGACGACAUCAUCAAGCGCGCUCAAGAGAAGCGAAGGCAGCUCAAGGAGGAGCUGGAUAGUGUCAAAAAGCAGCUUUGGGCAACCACGAUCGAGCAAGCUGCCUUGAUUCAUCUUCUCAGGAAAUCUGACGAGACACCAGGUAUGGUAUGA